CGCUCUCGCAGUUUCAUCUACGGCAAUCUCCCGCUCUCUCUCUCUCUCUCUCCUCCGCUCCGAUGGCCGCAGCUGCAGCCGCGACUCUUCUGAACCACCCCUCCGGCCGCGCGGUUCCGUUCGCGCCUCCGUCUCUUCCUCACCGGAGAAUCCGCUCCUCUCGUCUCCGCGACGAUCGCUCCUUCAGCCUCGACCUCCGGCUCCGCCGGAGGCAGUUCAAGGUGCCUCCGGCGGCGAACAAGCAACUGCCGGAGUUGAGAACGAACGAACCAGGGAGUGAGGAUUCGCCGUCUUCGAGCGGCGAUAGCGGCGGAGGCCUCGAUUUGGGAUGGCUUCCCGCUUUUCCUCACGUGCUGAUUGCUUCCAUGUCCAAUUUCCUGUUCGGUUACCACAUUGGCGUAAUGAAUGGACCCGUAGUCUCCAUCGCAAAGGAGCUUGGUUUUGAAGGCAACUCAAUCCUUGAGGGACUUGUAGUAAGCAUAUUUAUAGCCGGUGCUUUUAUCGGAAGUAUAAGCUGUGGUUCACUGGUAGAUAGGCUCGGUUGUCGGCGCACAUUCCAAAUAGAUACGGUACCACUCAUUCUUGGUGCAAUCGUGAGUGCACAUGCCAACUCAUUGGAUGAAAUACUUUUGGGGAGAUUUUUGGUAGGCCUCGGUAUUGGCGUGAAUACUGUUCUUGUUCCAAUUUAUAUUUCAGAGGUUGCUCCUACGAAAUAUAGGGGUUCCCUUGGAACAAUGUGUCAAAUAGGUACCUGCCUUGGAAUCAUUGCUUCAUUGUGUCUGGGAAUUCCAUCGGCAGAUGAUCCGCAUUGGUGGAGGACAAUGCUGUAUAUUGCCAGUGUCCCUGGUUUUAUAAUUACACUUGGUAUGCAGUUUGCUGUUGAUAGCCCCCGUUGGCUUUGCAAAGUGGGGAAAGUGGGCGAUGCUAGAGAAGUUAUUUCUAAUCUAUGGGGUGCAUCUGAGGUUGAUAAAGCAAUUGAAGAAUUUCAGUCUGUUAUUAAGAGUGAUGGAAGUGAAGUAGACAGCAAAUGGUUGGAACUCCUUGAGGAGCCACAUUUAAGAGUUGCAUGUAUUGGAGGUGCCCUUUUCGUACUACAACAAUUUGCUGGCAUAAAUGGAGUUCUUUACUUCUCAUCCUUGACUUUCCAAGAUGUUGGUAUCACAAGUGGCGCUUUAGCAAGUUUGUUAGUUGGAUUGACGAAUUUUGCAGGUGCUCUCUGUGCACUGUACAUGAUGGACAAGCAGGGGAGAAAAAGACUUUUAGUUGGAAGCUACAUAGGAAUGGCAGCGGCGAUGUUUCUGGUAGUCUAUGCUGUCAGUUUUCCGCUAGAUGAAGAUCUCAGCCACUCUCUAUCAAUUCUAGGGACCCUUAUGUACAUAUUUGCUUUUGCCAUUGGUGCUGGGCCUGUAACCGGUAUCAUCAUACCAGAACUAAGCAGCACAAGAAUGCGUGGGAAGAUCAUGGGAUUCAGCUUUUCUGUUCAUUGGGUUUGCAACUUCUUGGUUGGUCUCUUCUUCCUUGAACUUACUGAGACUUAUGGGGUUAAUUCAGUCUAUGGUGGCUUCGGUGGCGUUUCCUUGUUAUCUGCGAUAUUUGCUUAUUAUUUCAUAGUAGAAACAAAAGGAAGGUCACUCGAAGAAAUAGAGAUGUCUCUAAAUCCCAACUUGCCAGGUAGAAAAAGGGACAACUAAUCAUAUAUCUUGAACUCGAGGUUUGCUGAUGAGGCGGGAAGCUCAAUCAAUGAUGCUAAAUGGACUUUGCAAAAGGGUUCAUGUUUUCAUGGUUAAUCUUGCAGCCAAGGCUUCACCUCCAAAGUACAAGCUAACUGGUUACUCAUCAAGGUGGAGGUAGAGGAUACUCACGGUUUCUAUUUAAUGUGUUGAGUGAAUGCUGUUCCAACAAUGACUUUGGAUACGAAAGUGGCAGAAGUUGACAGCCCACCUGGAUGAUCUUGAAUUUGCGCUCUUUAGAGAUAUUCGCCAGAAAAUGAAAGGUGUACCCCGUCAGUACUAUGUCAACAGAUGAGAUGACAAGAAUGCUUUGGCAAUGUUCAAGGAGAAUCUUCCAUUAAGUUUUGUUCUU